AUGGCUUUGCCAGUGCUGAUUGGCAGUGCUCAAGUGGGCUUCACUGGCUACACGUCACGCUUUUACACUCUAGAAAACAAGUAUGCCAGGCUCUUUUUCGGAAGUCCUGGCUCUUCACGUGUGGGCUUCUACAUUGGUGACCCGUGCAAUCAGACAUGUAGCAGCGUUCUGUACCACGUGUUCUGCAACGUCACUUCUCGACGCUGCGAGUGCAGGCCGGAAUAUCCUGUCAACAUAGAAAACAGACAGUGCGUCAAAGCUUCGUCGCUGGGUGGCCACUGCGACUACGAUGAGGCGUGUGCCUUCUCGGUGGCUCACUCGUCCUGCCAAAGCAACGAGUGCCGCUGCCUCGAUGGACACGAGCCCGACGCACAUGCCACAAAGUGCACGCCCGCUCGUGGUGUGGCCAUUCUGGAGAAUGCCGAACUGACGACCACGGUGAGCGUCAUCGUGGCGCUCAUGGUGUUCACGGCGCUCUUCUGCCUCGUCCUUAGGCUCUUCAGCAAAGCCCGUUUCGGCACAUCCGGGCGUGAUCGCAUGGGUGAUGCAGCCUCGCCGCCCCCGGGAGCCGCCGUGCUCAGCUCUGUGGACGGGUCCCUGGCUCAUCCGCCGGGCACCAAAGGACCCGCAUCCCGACGCACUUCACGCAACUCGGUGGACUACGCGGCUUCGCGUCGGGUGAAGCUUCAUCUCGAGCUGACCGUCACAGGCUACGACACUAAAGUCUGA